GUGGCUUCUGCUUGUGCGUGCAUUCCUAAAGGACCAGAACUCGUCUCCACCUCUGCAGAGUCCAAACUGCGCUUUAGUUCCGUGUGUUAUUAAAUAUUCUCUGCGCUCGAUAAAAGGUGGCUACUAUGGACAGAAGUUUAUAACAAUACAUACAAUAAAUGAGGGAGAGAAGCAGCUGGGAGUCACCGGAGCAGCAGGAAACGUCUGCAGGAUUUACCUGAGAGUGAGCUGAGAUUACACUGGACAGGUUUACACACGCUCCUGCACUUCUCACACACACUUCGGUUUAGUUCCGAGCCGGACUACACUUUGUUUUCUGCUGGACUGUGGGUUUGUGAGGAUGGUCUCAGAGGAGGACUUCUCAAAGGAAGUGCUGGAGAGUGUGCAGGAUGCGGUGGGCCGGCAGCUCAAACUGAGCCUGAGAAAGAAGGUUCAGCUGGAGGGUAAAGGUGACAAACAGGACAUCCGAAUCCUGGCUCUGGCUCCGCAUCGGGCUUUUCUGCUGUCAGCUCGAGUUCCUGCUAGGAUAGAACAAAGCUUCAAUUUCUUUGACAUCCAAGCGGUGGGCAGCAGCAGGCCAGGCCAGUUGGUGGUGGACUAUGAUAAAGGACAGCUGUGUGUGAAGCUCAGCUCUAAUGAGGAGGUUGAUGAAGUCAUCGCUCAGAUGGGAGUCAGCAUACAGGAGCACUGCCCCGGACUCAACCCACUGAGAGUGAUGAAGAAGUUAUCUCUGAAGCCCGCUGAGAGGACGACCAGUCUACAAGCAUUCUGGGAAAAUAAUCCUCCCCCUGAUACUGGACCUUGUGGUGCUUUCUCUCGUAUGUAUUGGUGUGUGUGUGAUCAAAUGGGGCUGCCUUACAGAGCAGAGGUGCAGUGGGACGUGGACACUAUCUACCUCACCCAAGACACAAAAGAGCUCAACCUACAGGACUUUAUCCACCUGGAGACCAGGGACCUGAUGGCCAUCGUGGCAGUGUUGGAGUACAACCAGUGGUUCACUAAAAUCUCACUCAAGGAUUACAAACUGUCUACAGAUUUAUGUGAUCAGAUCUUGAGAGUUGUGGCUCGUUCUAGCAGAUUAGAGGAGCUGGCUCUGGAAAACACAGGACUCAAAGCUGAUUUUGCACAGAAGUUGGCCAGCGCUCUGAGCCAGAACCCGCACUCGGCUCUACACACACUCAACCUGGCCAACAACUCGGUGGAGGACAAAGGAAUUGCAUCUCUGAGUUCUCCACUGGGAAAACUUUCAUCUGGACUGAAGCAUGUGAAUCUUUCGAAAAACUCCCUCUCAGCUAAAGGUGUGAACAUUCUGGCUCAGUCUCUGUGUUCCAACUCGUCCUUUUUUAACACACUCAAACACCUUGAUCUGUCUGGAAACACGCUGAGGGGAGACGACCUGGCUAACCUGUGGAACUUCCUGAGUCAGCCGAACAGCCUGCACACUCUGGACCUGUCCAGCUGUGACUGCGCUCUGGACCUGGUCUGCUCUUCUUUACUCCGAGGCUCUCUGAAGCAUCUUUCUGUCCUCAACAUGUCCAAGAGCGUCUUGAGUAUUAAGAAAGGAAAGGAGCUGCCCUCCUCCUUUAAGCAGUUCUUCGGCAGUGCUCUGGCCCUCAAUACCAUCGUCCUGUCCGGUACCAAACUGCCUCCAGAGGCCCUCAAAGCUCUGUUGCUGGGUCUGGCCUGUAAUCCCAACCUAAAAGAAGUCUCUUUGGAUCUGAGCAGUUGUGAGCUGCGUUCAGCUGGAGCUCAGAUUCUGGAAGGCUGUAUAGCUGAGAUGCCCAACGUCUCUAGCCUGGAUAUUUCAGACAACGGUUUGGACUCUGAUCUGACGACUCUGCUGGUGUGGCUGGCUAAGAAUCGCUCCAUCAGACAGCUGUCUCUGGGCAAGAACUUCAACAACAUCAAAUCCAAGAAUCUGGGGCAGGUGCUGAACAAUUUGGUUCUUAUGAUCCAGGAGGAGGAAUCUCCACUCAGCUCUCUGUCCCUGGCUGAUUCCAAGCUGAAGGCUGAUUUGUCCAUGGUGCUGAACGCUGUGGGAGGAAACAGCUCCCUGACUCGCCUAGACAUCAGCGGCAAUGGGAUGGGAGACAUGGGGGCUAAAAUGCUAGCCAAAGCCCUGCAGAUCAACACCAAACUCAGGACUGUGAUUUGGGACAGGAAUAACGUCAGUGCUCAGGGUCUGCAGGACGUUGCAGCUGCUUUGGAGAAGAACUACACUAUCCGCUUCAUGCCAGUGCCCAUCAUGGACGCCGCACAAGCUCUCAAGUCCAGCCCUGAGAAAACCGAGGACGCUCUUAUGAAGAUGGAGCAGUAUCUCUUGAGGAACCAUGAAACGAGGAAAUACCUACAAGAACAAGCCUACAGGCUACAGCAAGGCAUUGUCACGUCCACCACACAACAGAUGAUUGACAGGUUAUGUGUGAAGGUGCAGGACCACCUAAACUCUCUUCGCUUUAGCGAGAGAGAGAAGGUUCAAGAGGACAUGAAAGCAGCGGAGAGACUCGUCCAGGACGCCCGCAACUCGAAAAGACUCCUGGCCAGUAUGUAUCAGCUCCGCUCGGCACGCCGUAGAGGUAGAGACGGAGGUGAAGAUGCAGAAGGAGGUGGAGGAGAUGGAGAAGGAGGUGGAGCGUGUGAGGCGGUCGAGAGCCCGUGGGUGGCCCCGAUCCAGGACAAACUGCAGUCCAUGGCGGGAGAAGUCAGCACUGUCAUUAACCAGCAGCUGCAGAGUUUGUUGGUCUCCAUGGUGGACACGGCGGAGAGUGUGUGUCCUCACGUGAUGCACACAGCGAACCUGAGGCCGUCUCUGAUGCGGGUGAGCGAGGGGAAGAUGAGCGUGCCUCGAACCUUCAUCACCAACACUCUGCUCGAGCAGUCUGCCAUCGACAUCAUCAACAAGAUCAGUGAAGUAAAGCUCAGCGUGGCCUCGUUCCUGUCCGACCGUAUCAUUGAUGAGAUCUUAGAGUCUCUCUCUCACUCUCAGCGCACACUGGCGGAGCAUCUGAGUAGGCGUGGCCAACCGAUGAUCCAUCAUAAUUCAGAGGAGUCUGAGGUUCUGGAGGAGGAGCAGCUGGAUCCAAAGAACCUGCCAUCACCAUCAUCUGACAUUCUGCUGUCUCCAACCUCCAAGAGGCAGAGCAUCCUGUUCCGGAUGGUGCGUCCCAUCUCCGUGGCCUUCGAGCUGGAGUUUGAUUUGGAUAAAGCACUGGAGCAUGUGCCCAUCCACAUGGAAGACCCGCCCGUUCCUCCACCCCAUGAACCAGUGGAGGCGGGGUUAGAGAGGCCCGGGAGUGUGUGUUUCAUUGAUCUGCCAGAAACAGAGAGCCCCAAACUGCAGCACAUGACUAAACUCCGCCCACGCAGGAAGAAGACCAACACCAAACCGAGAAAAGCAGCUAGCACUGCUACAGCCGACGUGGAGCAGACGGAGUUUGUUGGGAAAGUGGAUGAGGGCCUGGACGAUUUCUUUGCUAAAAAAGUCACAAAGAUUGGCACCAACAGGCGUUCCACCAUAAAAGACGCCGGUCAGGAAGGGGAGAAGAAGCGGGAAUCUCGCAUGAGUGGCUUCUUCAACCUCAUUAAAUCACGCACCUCCCUGAAAUCUCCACCCACCAGCCCACACACACCCACUCCUGCACCAACCAUCACUGAAUCUGAUAACGUCGAAUCCACAACGCCUGCAGUGAAAAGCCCCAUCCCAGAACACACUCAAGAACCAAUCAAGACUCAGGUACCGGAGAAAGUUGAACCAUGUGAACCCGUAGAUACAGCCAUGACCUCUGAGAGUAAAGGUCAUGUGGAGGAGAGUAAGAAGAAGGAGGCGCCACCUGGGGGGCGAAUCCGAGGGGUGCAGGUGAUGGGGAACGACUUCCUGGCGCAGCUGCGGGCAAAACAGGAGAAGAUGAAAGACAAAACGAGCGAUUCCUCGUCUGCGAACAAAGCCGACUCUAACCACGCAGAUGGCGACAGUGCAGCUGUAGAAAAGCCAGCGCAGAAAGAGCACCACCAAGAGGCUGUAUCUAAAUCUCCCUCUCAUUCAACCCAUCUCCUGAAACCAACUGCUCCUGCUCCUGCUUCUGCAGCCAAACACACCCCUCCAGCCACACACACCGGCCUCAAAGCCUCACUCAGCCCACCAUCUAGCAACCCCAAAUCCACCCCGAGCAGCCACGAAGAGCACCACCCAAGCCAGGAGCACCUUCCUCACAGCUCCAGCACACCUGCCAAUGAUGCAUCAGGUCACCUCGGCGAUGUCUUCUCCACCAAGCAAUCUGCAACGGCUCAACACCAGAAGGAAGAGUCAUCUAAAACGGAGACAGAGGAACAUAUAUGUGUCUCUCCUGGCUUACCUCCUAUAGUGCUGGAUCCUGCAGCAGAGGGCAGUGUGUUUGAGCCAGAAUCGUACACACAGCCAUCACACACUGCAGCAGCAGGACAAUGCUGCGCCUCCCUUCACUCCUCCAGUUCCACCAGCGCUGCUGAAGAGAAAGACGAUCGACAGCGCACCGUGUCCCUGCCUGCACAAGUUGACCUUCUGACUCCUACAGACUCUACUUCAUCUCCCGAACCUGCAGAUUCCAGCAGCACCUACACGCACCUCCCGUCUUCUGCUGCACUUCAGCACACAGACCCAACACAAGGGGAUCUCUCAACCGGCGAGGAUGAGAGUGUGGAAUAAAAGCCAAACCAACCAGGGUCAAGUUUCCCAAAAGCACCGUCGCAGAAGGAUCACCGUAAAAUGCUAGAGCAAGCAUCACAUCGAAUACUUUCUCUCCCAGUUAUGAUGAUCUGAAUUUUGCUUUGGGGAAACUCAGCCCAGAAAAUUAGUGUACAAUAAACACCAAAUCACUCAGGAUGCCGGUUUAGAAUAAACACCAUAUAUUCAUAACUGGUGGCAGUUUAGAAUAAGCAGCAAAAUCAACAAGGAAGAUAGGAAAUCAACAAAAACAGGGCGAGUGUGUAGAAUACACGCAAUAACGAAGAGGACAACGGAGAGUAAAGAACAUUAAACCAACCAGGAUAGCAGUUGAGAUUAAACACCAAAAUAACAACCGGGCGACGGCUUAAAUUAAACACAAAACUGAACAGGGCAACAGUUUAGACCAAACACUCAUGACAGCGUAGAUUAAAAACCAAUCCAAAAAGGACAACACUGUAGCAUAAACACCAAAAACAAACCAGGAGAGAAAUGUAGGGAAAACAGCCAUAUAAUCAGGACAGGAAAGAACAUCAAAGAACCCUGGAGAGGAAUACAGAACAAACACCAAUCCAAACAGAACAAUAGUGUAGACCAGACACCAAAGUAACUAGGAGGGCAGUGUAGAAUAAACCCCAACCAAACCAGGAUAGAAAUGUAAAAUAGAACAGACACCAAACCAAAACUUACAACACUACAGAAUAAAUACCAAACCAAAGAGGACAGCAACGUAGAAUAAACACCAAAGUAUCUAGGAUGACAGUGUAGAAUAAACAACAGUCCAACCAUAACAGCAGUAUGAAAUAAAAGCCAAACAAAUUAGCACACACCAGACCAACCAGUGUGAAAUAUAAUAAACCCCAAAAGGGCAACAGUGUACACAAAACACCAAAUCAACAGGACCACAGUGUACAAUAAAAUUCAAUUAAAAAACAACAACAACCAAGACAACAGUUUAGAAUAAAAACCAAACAAACCAGGACCAUGUAAACACCAAAGAAAUUAGGACUACACUAUAGAAUAAACAACAAACCAGCAGGAAUACAGUGUAAAAUAAAAUAAGAAAACAACCAAGCCGACAGUUUAGAAUAAACACCAAACCAACUAGAACUGCAGUAUUGAAUAUACACCACACAAAUUAUGACUAUGGAUCAAAAUAAAACAAAGGACAAUUGUACACCAAAUCAAGCAGGGCAUAACUGUAGAAUAAACACCAAACCAACAGGACCACAGUGUACAAUAAAAUAAAAUUUAAAAAAAAACAAGACAACAGUUUAGAAUAAACACCAAACCAACCAGAACCACAUAAACACCAAAGAUAGUAGGACUACGCCAAACCAAAAGGAACAUGGUGUAAAUAAAAAUGUGGAAAAAAAAACAA